AUGAGAACGAACGAAAAAUGGCCCGAAGCUUUCGGUUUUACCGUCGGCGGACGAGCUCCUGUUGUCAUCCUGUCUGUUGACGAAAAUUCAGUCGCUCAAAGAGCGGGACUUCAACCCGGCGAUCAAAUACUCGAAGUCAAUGGGGAAAACGUUCAAGGAUUAAGCAAGGAAGAAAUAAUCCUAUUGGCAAAACGAUCGCGAACUGUCCCUCCAGCGCUCGCCGUAAUUUCACGCAUUCGAACUUUUGAUCUGCGUCGGAGAAGAGGACGGUUUGGUUUUGCAGUUCGCGGAAAGGGUCCUGUCUUCAUUGCGGAUGUAGAGCAGGGAAGCCCGGCUCAGAACGUUGGCAUUCGUCGUGGAGAUCUAAUUCUCCGUUUAAAUGGUGUUAACCUCAGACACAUGAACGAGAAUCAAGUUGGAGAAAUGAUAGAUUCUUGUGGACCUACAAUUUCUAUAGUCCUCAUUGCCGGAGCUGCAGACAUCGGAAUUACAGAUAAAAAAGAAGGAAAGAGUUCGUCUUCGCGAUACAAGAGAGCUAAAGAUUUCUUUGUGCAGGUCAGUUUUACACCGCUGUUUUGGAGAGUUUAUUUAUUAUUGAUCCACGUUCUUGUCUUUGUAUGGACAUCAAACACAUAAGUUUACACUUGGGUAGCGAAAUAAGGAUAAUUAGAUAUUGGUCAAGUUGUAUGACAUUUCUGUUAAAGCGAUUACAAACCCCAAUGUUGUUGUGAAUGGCGUCCAUUUGUCAAAAUGAUACGUUUUCCGUUGGAUUGUUGUAUUCUUGACACAUUCCAAGACAAAGAAAGAUGAACACGCAUUUUGUUCGAUUCAACUUCAAUUGUUCACGCAUAUUAUUAUAAUUCCGUACUUUUAAUUUCGUAGAUUUUACACGUCAAUUACAUUACAUGGGCUGUAUUUCUCGCCGAGCCUUUUGACUUAUCAUUAACUUGUUUGAUUUGUCAACAAAUGGGAAGGAAGAAAAAUGUUUAACAUUUUCAAGACCAUAAAAGCAAUCAGUGGGUUUUUUCUUUCAAUCCAAGAUAACACAAUGGUUGUAAGUUUAUGACAAGUUAAUUGUUGUACAAAAUUCCCGGAAUGAUGUAGAGAUAAACUCAAGAUUCAAAUGCUUGCUAGAAAACAUGAAUAAAGAUUUGACUACCAUAUUUGAUAGCAGGCUAUAGUGUAUCAAAUUCUUUUGGCUGAUACAUAAAUCUUUAUUUUGGACAAUCGAAACUGAAAGAACAGACAAUAUUUACUUCCCGCUUUUAAUUAAAUUCCAGUUAAAUAACAACUGACUUUUGAGUGGCAUAAGUGGUGAAGUUUGUGACAUAAAAUUGCCAUUUUAAAAAUAUAAGAAAAAAAAAGCACAAUUAUUGUACAUAAAAAGUAUAUUGACCAUUGUGUGCCAAAGAUGAAGUGAACUAUUUUAUAUAACAUAUUUAACCACUGACAGCCGUCAAUUGUAUGGGGAGCUGAUUUCAGAAUUAUUGAUAGUAAUGUAGUUGACUUUUGCUGUUUUCUCUUAAAGAUGAAUUAUUACUUAGCUGGCAAUGAAAGCAUUAAGAAGGAGCUUGUCAAGGCCCUCAAUCAAUAUGCACGAGACAGAUCUGUUGAGCAACUGGCACAGAAUCUCAAAAGAAUACUUAAAACUCCAGUGGAAAGAAAACUGCUGCGGGAUAUCAGGUAUUGUAUUUAAAAAUAGAUCAAUCUAAUCAACACUUCUGUCAUGCCAUGCUUCUCUGAUUUUCUUAUCAAGAGAAAACUUUGCUCCACUUUUCUUUUUCAAAUAGAAAAAUUAUGAAUCCAAGGUAAAUGACUUCAAAUUUACUGAUAUAUCAUAGAAAUAUAGAGGAGGAAGCAGAAAUUUCCCAUCGCCCUCUCCUCCUGUAGCCAUAUAGAUUUUUUUGACAAGAUGGGUAAUUAUUUUUCGCUCAUAUUUAAUCUUAUUAUUAUAACAAACAAAGGGGGUCUAUGUGGUUUUAUUCUCAAGUAGUUACCUAGUUUUCUAGGCAGUCACACCAUUGUACCAAAAUUGUGAAGUCAUUAGCUUUACUCUAAGUGCUGUUUCCUCAUUGUACUGUACAUUAUACUCUCUCUCCUUAUUCAUGAUUCACCUAAUGUUCUGUUUAUUUCUGUUUUGGAAUUUUUUAUUUUCUUUUAUAAGGAUAGAUUUUAAUGAACUUAGAAAUGUUGUUAGGUUGAUAAUUUUUUUACAACAUUUUUAUAUUUUAACAAUCUUACUUAACUGUUUUAAUUUUAUUUUUUUAUCUUCUAGGAGUUUCAUCCCCAAACGGGAACGGCCACUGUUUGACAUCUCGGUUGGAAUGAAUGGUGAAAUAAUGCAUUCUGAGAAACAGUCUGUUGAUGAAGACCUCCUCCCAGAUUUCUCCAGCAGCACUGACUUAGAGUUUCCAGAAUAUAACAGCAGUAACACUCCUGCUCUUGGCAGGUUUGGGUAAGUUGCUCACUAUUGCAUGUUUUGUUUGUUUCCUAAGGGAAAACACCAGACAGUUUUAAUGCAAUUUAGAAAUUUUGUUGGCUAAGGUUCUUUGUUGAAACUCCCUUAUUCUUUGUAUACUUUGCAAUUUAGGUUUGCAAAUAGAGAACCAUGACAGAUUUGCAGCUCUUCUUUCCUUUAGUGUAAACAGUAUUAUCAGUAGGGAAUCUGAUGGGCUUCCUAUAGCUUUUCUCCCAACCUUGCCUUAAUGCUGAAAUCUUCCUCUUAGAACAUGGUCAGUCGGAACAACUCACGCCAAUCAGUUCAGGGAGAAUUUAGCAAGACGGCAAGCAAGAGAGAAUAUGGCUGCUCCACCAAGGCAAGUAUUACUUUAAUUAUCUGAUUGUUGUGCUUCAAUUUUGUCCUUGAUUCACUUUCUGUCUUUUCUUUUGUUUUUUGGGUUUGAAGUGUUCAGCCCCUAAAGUGUGUGCCCAGGAUAAAAUUGAACCUCAUUGCAAUCAGUUAUGGGUACUGUUCAAAGUGUAAUCAGUAUAACAUUAAAUAUAGCAAUUCUUAGUGAUGAGAAUUCAUAAAAACUUCAAUUAACCCUUUCACUCCCAAGAUCUCAUUGGUAAUUCUCCUUACUGUCUGCAAUACAAUUCUCAUGAUGUUAAUAAGGAGAAUUUGGUAUUGGAUCAACUAACAAUCCCCUAAUUGAUAUUAUUCAAUAUUCUCAUCACUUGCCGGCUCAUUUUUGUAUUGAAAUUGCAAAGAGAAAUUCUGUCUUGGUCACUUAUGGGAGUUAAAGGGUAAAAACAUUACUGCCUGCAUAUAGUUAUUAACAUUUAAAUGUUUUUUAAAAAUUAAGUAUGCAUAUGCACGUACCAAAUUACUCCCUGCAUUGCUUACAUGUAAUCCUGCUUUUGAUUAGAAAAAUUACUUCCUGGUCAUGCCAAGAAGUGAAAGGGUUAAUUUAGUAUUUUAAUGGGACAAGUUUUACUGAUUUGAAGAUUUCACUGUUUGCAAUGCACAGGACUGUAAGAAUAAUAAGAGAGGGACCUGGGUCAGGGUUUGGAUUUACACUCAGUGGGGAUUCUCCUGUGUUUGUUAAAUCUGUUGACAGAGGUAAGUGUUUGUUCAAAGUGUUUGUAAGUCUUGUUUGUAUUAGGAGAUAAAUUUAUGAAGGAAAACUUGUAUGUAUCAAGUUCUUUCUAGCCACUUAGAGGCUGACAUACAUGCAGGGUAUGCUUUUGGCUGGUAGUUACGGUAAGUGCAACAGGAGAUAUCAUCUUUCACACAAUUUCCAGGCAUAUUGAACUUGCAUGGACAAUCAGAUUAGAUGGCAGUUAGGACUAGGCAGAGAACAGAUAACUUACAUGGAAGGUGUGAUUAUUUAGAAAGGUUGUGAAAAUGUGAGGCUAACAAAGAAAAUUGAUUUAUAUUAACUGAAAUUAAUUCAAAGUUAGCCCAUUUCACACAGUUUUUAUGAGUAAAUCUGGGCUGACCCAUAACUCUUAUUCUGUAGCAAAAUUUGUUUAGUGCUAGUCAUGGUGGGGGAUACAUGUGAGACAGCCAAAAAAAUUCCAAGGUGGUUCUGAUUGUAAUCCUCUCACUGGCCAAUGACUUUCUUUUUUGUAGGAGGAGCAGCUUCUCAGGCUGGGAUUAAAGGUGGUGACCAUAUACUUGAGAUAAAUGGACUAAAUGUCAGGUGCAGUAAAAGUUUCAUUUGUGAACUAUCCUACACUGUACUUGCUUGUACAUAAACUAUAUACUUAACCAUAGGUAUCACAUACAAACUGUGAUCAUUACUUCAUUAAACCUUCAUAGAAGGAUAAUGCUUCUUUUUUUACUCAUUAAUCUAGUAAAAAACAUUGAUGGUCAGAGUAAAUUUAGAUUCUUCCUCUUGAAACUUCUGCCCUAAUAUAAAUAAUUUUUUGUCCAAUUUUGCCGCAAACAGUACUAACCAAAAUAUGUACUUUGAACUAAACAAAAAUGUAGAUUUUUUGACUGUAAGGUGAGGUAGUCAUUCAAAUCAGCUGACAGAAGGUUGCGUCAAUUAAAGUCAUCUAAAUAUGCAUUAAUUUGUUUUCUGCAGAGGAAAGUCACAUCAACAUGUAGUGCAGCUGUUGAAAGGAAGUGGUUCAAAACCAAGCUUGUUAGUUCAAUGGCGCCCCAUGAGUGCAUUAAAGCAUCAGUCGUCUCUCUCAUCCCUGCCGUCAUCCAGCAAGUCUUCACAGCUUUCUGUGACCUUUGAAAAUGAGAGACCUGCAACUGUGUCAAGGUGUUCUUUAAGAGCAUCCAAGGCUUUCUCCCUCAGAGGUGAUCUCUUCAUAAAUGGAACUGGGUAUAACAGAAGUGACUUGCAAACACUUUCCCGCCAGUUCAAAAUACAGGUACUUUGCUUUACAAUUUUUAUGUGAUUUUGUCUGAUUAAUUCUCCAGAACUGCUUAUUCAUGUCAACACUUUUUCAUCAGUUUUUGUCUUCAGAUGCCACAUGGACAGAACAUUAUUAACUUUUGACUUUUGGUAAUUACAAUUAUAACAAAGCUUCAUUUUGAUUCACCAACCUACAGAUAAGUCGUUUACUUACACGUGGAGAGCAACUUGUUGUAAAGCAGAGCCUUGAUCAGUACAGUAGAGACAGGUAACUAGUGAGAAAACUUGCCCAUCAUUUUAUAAUGAGUCUUAUUUGUCUUUAAUUUAUAACCAAUGGUUAGGUGGAUACGGGAUUGCUAUCAGAAAGGGAUCUGAGAGCAUUCUCUGGAUGUAGAGAGGAUUAUUAUCUAAGAGUCUGUUUCUUAUCUUUAGAAAUGUACAGAGACUAAUCAAUGCACUGGAACCUGUCCUUGAUGAUGGAGCUAAACUGCAGAUGUUACAUUACCUAAGUGAACUUCUGCCGGAGGCUGAACAACAAGCAUUUGACAGAGCUGCAGCAAGAAUGAUCUCCAGGAAGAUGGACAGUAUGUGAAGAGUCUUGCUUUGCAUUUAUAACUUACCUGUACAUUUAUAAAACACAACUGGCUUUACAAGUGGAAAGGCAUCUUGAUUUCAAGACCUUCAAAGGUUCCCUGCAAGUGCAUUCUAUUUUGAAAGUGAAAUUAUCGAGAAGAUUCUUUUGUUUUUUAUUUUUAUUUUUAUAUUCAAGUUGUCCUGAUGUUGCCUUCAUGUUUUGGUUUCGUUGCUUACUAUAUAAAAUGAGAUCAAUUAUUUUCUUCCCUGUUUUAGAGAAGAUCUUCUGAGACAUUUAGCUACAGGAAGUCUAAUUUGUACAUUUUUAAAAUCAAUUUAUGAAAUAUAUAUAUUUUGGAAUAACUAGGCAAACUUUCCCCUGCAAAAGAUGCUAAAGAACUUACUUUGAAAAUCUUCUUAUUGUUUUAGCUGGUGUUGUACCGAGUCUGAACACUAACAAUGAUGAAGUUGUGGAUGUACUGUACAGAGUGCAAGCAAGACGGCUUGUAGACGCACCAAGAGCUCGUACAACAACGCCAGGAGCAGGUACAGAAAACACCCCUGUCCCUUCCCAACAAUUAUCAAAAUUUUCCUUGUGACUGCCAUACAGAACCCUUUUAUUAAUUUUUACUAAUAUUGAAUUGUAUGACUCUAUACUGGUUUUCCCUCCAUAAAUACUGGUUCAUAACAGUUUCUUUUCCAUGAGCCUGUUUUCCCCUUCAUUUCGUCAAAUUUUGAGCGUGCUUUUAUAACAAUUUUGCAUCUUUAGUUGUAAUAAGAUAGCUUUUGGCUUUGCUCCUACUGAGCUAAUCCGUUCAUGUUUCUCUUGUUAGUUCGAUCAGAGGAGCCGUAUGGGGAAUGGCCUUCAUCUGGUGCAGCCAGAGGCCGACAUAGCCCAGGAUUUGGCUAUGGUUAGUGGAAACUUCUCCAAUGACUUUACCAUUUUUACACUUCGUAUGUACAUUGCUACAGAAAUUUUCACUCUGUUUGGUGUAAACUGCAACUUCGAGCAUUAUUUAGUAAUUUUUAGUCUUUGAGAUAGAGCAUAACAGUUUCUACAGUGGAAAUUUACAUAAAUGGCUUGCUGCCGAGGACUUUCAAAACCUUAGGAUACAAUUAAUUGUUGAUAUUUCACAGGGUCAGAUUUGGAUACUGUGCCUGUGAGGGAUGUUAGAUCCAGAAAUGGCACUCCUGAUUCCGGAUGGGGUGAUGAUGACGACGAGGAACUGGAUCUCGGAGGACUUGGUAAGAUUCAAUAACUUUAAUAUUAGAUGAAGAUUAUGGUACAAGCUAUGAUACAAUGAAGGUCUACGGGGUAGGAGAGUUCUUUUCGUGGGUUGGCCAUUGGAUGUUUAAUUUAUCGAGUGCAAAAGCUUUUUCUGGUUAGAAAAACGUUCAUGUUGGAUAUUUCGUGGGUAAUUCGUAGCAGGCUAGUAAAUGGACCGGGCCUCAUUGCACUAAACAAGUGAACAGAGGUACCAGGUAUAUCUAACAAGAGUGUAAUUGGGUCGAUGUAGCGAGGCCCCGGUUCCUCAACACUAUUCAAGGGAUAAAUCGCCAUCCAGCGGAUGAGUGUUUACAAAACAUAUUGCGUAAUCCAUCGGAUAAAGAUUUACCAAGUGGAUAGCGUUAUCCACCCUUCGAAGAACCAGGGCUAGGAAAUCCGUUUUUAACUAUGGCUAAAGCCAUGUUGCGCAGUGUUAAUUACUUUCUUGAAUAUCUCCUGCUAUUGACAGAGGAGUUAGCCGACGCGCUAUUGGCAGAUGAAAUAAGGAAGUCGAGUGUAACCAGCCUGACGACGCAAGCACAGGUCCACGCUCCUUUCACUGGCACCUCACCCGAACCAGGAGCCCCAGGAAACCGUGGGCAGGGAAUUGUUACCUCAACCCCGCUUUCAGCGUCUUCAGGUGGUAGUGGAGACAGUGGUAUUGUUGUUGGAGCAGGAGAAACGUCUGGGGAAGCUGUGGAGAAAAUCCAACAUCAACUGGCGAUUACUACACAGGAAUUAAUGGAGACAAAAGAGGCGCUUGAUGAAAGUGAGAAGAAGAGGAAAGAACUAGAAGAGCUUGGAGGUACAGUCAGCCCGAACAUAAUUAUUUAUAUAUUUAUCUCUCCUAUUAAAUGAAUGAAUAUCACUUUUAACGAGAAUUUUCGAAGUCGCCAUUGCGCUCAAGUCCCAGCCUCAGUGUGCAGGACAUUAAGUGAGCCAAGGCACCGGCGUGUCGAUAGUCACGGGUUCCGCUCGCCAUGAAAUACUGAUUCUUUCCCUUUUUCGCCGCUCUUUUUCAGACUUUUCUCCUUCUUUCUUUUUCAGAUCCCGGUAGUAGACCCAGCUCUCCCAACGCUGUAGAGAAUCCCCUAGAUGCUGCGGUUAAAGCUCGGCGGAAAGAUCAAGAUGGGAAAGAAACAGAAGGUAAAUUCGCUAAACUAGAAGUAACAUUUUAUAGAGAAUUCUUACAGUGCGUGACUGACUGAAGCGGUGUUACGAUCGAGGUUCCGAUGUUGUUUACUCACUUACUAUGCAUGUUAUUUACUAAUAAUUCAUGUCUUUGCAGUCUCUCAAAGUGUCAGAUACCUGUAGGCUAGAUUUUCUGUGUGUGAGUUUAUAGUCUAAUUCAAAAUCGUUUGCUUUUACCAAGGAACCCAAGAUGUCGCAAGUACAAGCGCCACUCCUCCUCCACCUCCUCCCCCCAUGGGAGCACCACCACCUCCACCGCCACCGCCUCCUCCCCCACCGUCUGUCCCUCCUCCUCCCCCUGUUGGGGGUGCUGGAAACGUUCUUGCACCAAUGCAAUUGAAGAGAGUGAACUGGGAGAAACUGAGUAUCGCUGGUUUAGAAGACACUGUUUGGGCUAAGGUAAGGAUUGUUCUUAUUAACGAUCUUGUAAAAGUAUCCGUUUUUUUGCCUUAAAGUUUCAUUUUAAACACAUAAUUAAGAGGUUAGUUCGUUUAUCGAAGUAAAUUAAAAAUGGCGCGAUUUGAAAUGUAAAAUAGGACGCUUGCCUGUAAUUCGCUCUCCCCGCCCAACACAUGCAUCACACAAAAGGAAAACAGAACGCUGAUUACGACUUUGUUGCUUGAGUUUGCCUACGUUGUCACGUUUUAUACACAUAUAAUUGCGAAUAUGAGAAUAGGAAGACCUACCCUUUGACAUACCUAACUGUCUCUUUGGCGCACUCCAAUCAACUUAUUCGACAUGUACCCGUCAAAAAGAGCGACGAAUGAAAUGCGAUCUGAAGCAGCGGAUUUGAAGUAGAAGCGGCAAACUCACACGAUUCUGGCACUUCUCGGAUUCACAGGCCAUAUCUCGUAAAAUUGUUUGUCUUCAUUUGGUUCGUUUAUUUUCAAGUAAAGCGAUUUGAAUCAGGUGCUCUACCAUUGCCAUGUCAAAUCUGUCUGAAACGACCCUUAGCAAAGUAAACCUCUGCAGCUUUCCACCACUGACCAAUCUUUCUCUUUGUUCGUAUUACAGUUGGGACAAAACGAGCCGUCAGAAGAAGUCAUCGAGUUCAUUCAACUCGAGCAAAGUUUCAGUGCCAUACAGAAAGUAUCAAGUGAGUUUGAUUUCUCAUAAAGUUGAGUUUGUAGCUGUUUUGCAAACCAAAUUGUAAUAAUUUUUAUCCUUUUUAGGUAAAGAGGAGAAAAAGCCUGCGAAACCACAAGUAAUGAAUCCGAAGAAAACCUACAACAUAGGUACGUAAUAAGAAUGCUAAUUUCCUUUCAGCGGUCAAAAUGUUUCGCAUGUGAGACGUUUUGGCUGUUUUACGCGCAAAAUUUGUAGCAUCAUUUAGCCCGCUUAGCCUGCGAGCAAGCUUUCCUUUUUGAAUUGGCGAGAGACGCGUCGCGAACUCCUUUUCUUGCCGCUCAACGGCUCUGGCGCUUCUCACGAGAUGCUUUGCUGAAGCUUAACACCUCACUACUGUGAGUGUUUGGCUUCGGAUACAAAGGUCUGGGCAAAGCGAUGAGUUUUUUGAUCACGAUACAUCACUCUUGAAGAGCUUUUCUCCUCCUGCUCUCCUCCUAAGAUGACGAACAGGUUACGAUAAACAGAUGAUAUGCUGCGAGGAACCUCGGACAAACUGGCUUCUCUUCGAGGAGCACUUCUAGUCGCUCAGUGCUGCGGAAACUGGGAUGUGCUCGUACCAUGAGAGUCACGCGGUCCACAGUCAGUAAAUUUUACCAUUUAAUGACGUUACCAUUUAAUGGCGUUCUUUGUUUCAUUUUGCAGCAAUUUUGUUGGGUCACUUGAAAAUGCCAUUUGAAGAUAUAAAACAAGCACUCCUGUCGAUGGACGAUGAGAAGUUCAGCGAGGCUCAUUUGAAACAGCUUCUCCUCUAUGCACCAGACAGCAAAGAGGUAAGGGCGGUAGCUAUGCUAGGUGAGACAUUCUGUGACGUUACUUUCAUUGUGCGCAAAAAAACAAACUUUUUCGGGGCUGGUUCCCUUGAGUCUCAAAUCGUCUUCGUUGCAUAAAGUGCUUUUUUGAGUCCAAGCGUAUGAGUAAAAGAAGCCAAAUGAGCAUACAGUUACAUGUAGUUGUAAGUUUAAUUCCUUAAGGGUCUCGUUGAGUCAACUAACAUGUUUUCCAUCUCUUCCUUUCCAGCUCCAGAAGUUUAAAUACUUCGCGGACGAUGUUUCUAAGUUGGACAAAGCAGACAGGUUUUGUUACGAGGUACGUGUAGUUACGGUAACGGCCUGAUGUAACAGACGCGUAUUAGUUUUUGUGCACAACACUUUUUCUCAGUUGAAUAUUCUUAAUACAUGGCAAUGUAGACGAAAUAUUGAGAUGGCGGUUUUGCUGUGUGUAAGGUUUCAUAGAGAGAUUUUUGAAAAUUGCUAAGAGCUCUGUUUUUGUGCUGGUCUUAUUUCGGUCUUCGACUCAAUUAUAGCGAUGUUUUAAGUUUCUUUUCUUGUGUUAUGUAUGUGAGGUUUCUUUAUCUUUUCUGCAGAUGAGUAAGGUGCCUUGGUACAAACAACGACUGAAAGCUUUGCUCUUCAAGGCUCGUUUUGCUGACAAAGUAGAAGAAAUUAAACCGGUAAGGCGUUAAACAUUAAGCUCUCAAAAAAUAAAGAAAGAAGAGAAAUUAAAACUUUGAUUUAAGUUUCGCUCAGCGAAACUGACUCGAAUUCAUUCAAUCCCGUGCUCUUUUCUUCUACACAAUCAUUAGUUACUAUUACUAUCCUCAUAAUCAUCAUCAUCGUUAUCACUCUCAUCAUCAUCGUUAUCACUCUCAUCAUCAUCAUUAUCACUCUCAUCAUCAUCAUUACCAUUUUUAUAUUGUUGACUGAAUUAUUUUUCAGGACUUAGAGUCUGUUCUUGAUGCAUCUGGGGAACUUAGAAAUAGUACAAAGCUAAAGAGGAUCCUAGAGGUAUGAUGGCUUACUAUAAUUAUGAUUACCUAUCUAUGAAAGCCUUUGCGGCGUUUUAGAAAGAUAUUUUUUAUCGGAAGUAAUCUUUCAGGGUAAUUGAGUCGUUUUGGCGCCCAUGGAGAGUUGCCUCUGCAUAUAAUUUACAAGGGCAGCUGAAAAUGAAAUUUCGUGCGCGUUACGAAUCGCCAAUAGAGUACGAAUAAGCCACAAAGGAACAAGGGAGGUCAAGUUAGGUUAGAUUUUGUUAUCUACCGUGAUUAUCAUAGACUGAGGAGAUCGAAUACAACUGUCUGUGUUUCUUUCUGUCAGUCUGUCUGUAUAUCUGCCUGUCUGUCUGUUUCUCUGUCUGUCUGUAUAUCUGCCUGUCUGUCUGUAUUUCUCUGUCUGUCUGUCUGUAUAUCUGCCUGUCUGUCUGUGUUUCUCUGUCUGUCUGUCUGUAUAUCUGCCUGUCUGUCUGUGUUUCUCUGUCUGUCUGUCUGUAUAUCUGCCUGUUUGUCUGUGUUUCUCUGUCUGUCUGUCCGUCUGCCUAUUCACUAGACUGAUUAAUUAACUGACUGUUUGAUUGAUUUCAGCUUGUUCUAAAGAUGGGUAAUUACAUGAACAAAGGAAAUAUGAGGAUAGGAUCAGCCGCUGCAUUCAAGAUUGAGUAUUUGAACAAGGUACAUUUACUUUUCCUACUGUAGCCCUGAAAAGUCAAUUAACAAAGUACUCUUUAAAACCUCCCAAAAUUUUUAAAGCCACUUUCUUACUGAAAAUUAUAAAGUAGUUUACGUACCUAAACGCAGCUCAGGAGAUCUCUGAAGUCCUUUGUAACUUGUUCUCGCCAUUGUAGAUGUUUUUGCUUGAUAGAGUUCCAUAUUUUCAAUGAUAGUUUUUUUCUUUCAUUCUGUACAGCUCAGCAACACCAAAACCUCAGACAACAAAUCCACUUUGCUGCACUUUUUGGUUCAGUCCAUCGAGUCUAAGUGCCCUGAAGUGUUAAACAUCAAAGAAGAACUCGACACAGUGCCUACAGCGGCUAAAGGUACGCUUUAGAACUUAUGUGAGUGAUUGUUGUCGAAUUUCAAAAUGGUUACCACGGCUUAACACAACAGAGGAAAAUACCGCAAGUAACCUAUGUGGAGACAGAGUGAAAACAAGCAACUUGAAGCGCAAUAACGCAAGAAUAACCUAACUCACGUUUGUUUAGGCUCUGAAAUAAUGUUUUUGCUUGAUGCACUUGAAUGAAAUUUUACUUUUUAUUUUGUUUUCCUAGUUUCGGGGCAAAUGGUGGCUUGUGAAGUGGAAGAGUUGGCUGAAGGAAUGAAGGUUUGUCUAGUGCUCUGUUCAUUUUGUCCUGUUCGAACGAGCUCACAAAUUGCAAGAAAAUGUCUUAAAACGGCAAAAAAAAUAGCAUUUCCAUAACUUUCCGCUGUGGUACAUGUUUCUACAGGAGCUUAAGUCAGACCUCGGAGCUUUCCGGUCACUGAAGUCACAGGAUCCAAAUGAUAAGUUUUCACUUGCGGUAAAGGUAAGCCAAUUUCGAAUUUCGUUUUCACUAUCAGCGUUCAUUUAGUUUAGAGAUUUUUGCGUGCAUUUUCUAUUAACUGCAUUUACUUUCCCACAUUGUACACCUUUUUUCCAUAGUUUUACCAGUGUUUUCCCUUUUCAUACUUAUUCUCGUACUAUUCCAUUAAAAAAAGCUGAUUUGGACCCCGGACCGAAUUUUCCCCCGCGAAAACCAUUACAUCGCGUUUCUUCUGAGUUGCAAGCAGGGAAUGGUUUUAUCGAUAGAUUUAUAUAUCAAAUUGGCAACUAUGUUCAUCCGGGAACAUGACCAAACCUAAUUGUUUGGAGUGCAAUCGGAUAAAAGAAAUUCCUCUGAAUGGGAUGUGUCUUUACAUAAGAUUCCUCAGAACUUUAAAGCCACACUGAAUUUCUGAACUGAAAUUAUCCAAAUUUAUUUGGAAUAGAAUUACAAAUGCCGACACCUAAUAGAGGCUAUGGCGACGGUAAUUGCGCCACUUCCUUAAAUGGUUUCAGUGAGGUCUGAAAUAUUGUCUUUAAUCCAAACCUUUAGAACAUUAUAGACGAAACAGAAGGAGAAUUAAUUGAUCUGCUUAGCUUGCAAGAAAAUUGCACCAAAGAAUUCCGAGAAACAGUGAAGUUCUUUGGAGAAAAACCAACUUCAGCUACUACAGAAGAUUUCUUUGGUAUUUUUGCAGCGUUUAUUAUGAAUUUCACGGUGAGUGAUUCUAUUAUGUACCGUUCCGUUUUUGAACAAUAUUGCAUGAAAUUGCUGCAGAGCGCUUUUCGAUUGAGUGUCGAAAAAGUAUAACUAUAUCACAACAACCAAUCAGAGGAAAGGAGAAUAUACCUUGCAGAGCCAAUUAGAACUCAGAGUAAAAACUGCAAAGCGCUUUAAGCACGGGAAAACGCGGGCGACCAAGUUGUGUUUGGUUUUUUAGUUUUGGAACCGAUUGGUUGAGAGAACGGUGCACGUUUUCUCGACCGAUCACAGGGCAGAGUGAAUCGAGACCAAAGCAAUGUUGGAUUACUUUGUCGCUCUCUUGCCUUGGGAUUCGUCGAAAAUGAAAAUGUGCUGUCAACUCUUUCUUAUUAUUAUAGUUAUUAUUAUGAAUCAUAAUUGUGUUUUGGUUUCCACUGUAGAGAGCACAUGCAGAAAACGUAUCGAGACAGAAGCAGAAGGAAGAACAAGCCAAAAGAGAGAAGCAAAGAGAAGUAUGGCCUCAUUGUUUCGUUUCUUUUCUUUGAUGAAAAUUCCUUUUCCUCCAAUACCCUGGGUGUCUUCCUUCCGGAUUCAUACUUUAUCCUCUCUUUGUUCUCUUAAUUCAUACCUCAGUGGUAGUGCACGCCAUGGUUGCGAAAUAGGGUGUUCAUCGUUAUUUGUCCGAUCGUACAUUUAUUUGAUUAUUUUUUAAUUUCAUUUUUAUUACUUUUAUCGUUAUUUGUCUUAUUCGACGCGUGUGAUACUUCAGUUAAAGUCAAUCUAUAGAAUAUUUAUGUAUUCUUGUAUAUUUUCAUUUUUAUUUUUAUGCGACCAUGUUUGUUUAUUUGCGUUUUUUUCAUUUAAAUGUUUGUUUUAUUAAGUCACUGUACAUAGCAUAUACACUAGUAGGACAAUAGAUUCCCGGAAUAGCGAAAGGUGAAGCCCUAGUUCACCGUGUCGACUGUCCCUCGCCGUAUUGUAUAGUUAGUUGUUCUGUCCGUCUUAAAAUAACACACACGCUGCUUUUAUUUUAUCUAGGAACGCACAAAACAGCUAAAAAGUUUCAGAGAGCGAAGUAUGAGUGAUCCUGAUUUUGAACCUAAAGAUGAACUUAAAGAAAGCUUCAAGAAACGCCGUAUAAGCAGUGAACAAAGUAAUGACAGUGUAUUUGGUUCGCCUUCUUCACCUCGAGUGGCAUCGUCAAACUCGCCCUCUUCCCCUCGCGUAGCAUCGCCUAACUCGCCUUCUUCCCCUCAAGUAGCAUCGCCUGACCCGCCUCCUUCCCCUCGAGUAGCAUCGUCUAACUUGCCCUCUACCCCUCGCCUAGCAUCGCCUAACUCGCCUUCUUCUCCUCGCGUUGCAUCACCUAACUCAGUCGUGAAGCCCGUGGAUACUCAACCGAGUGAAGAACCUCUUUGGACGGUGGUGGAUGUUAGUACAUCACUUCCCAAGAAAGAAGCUCCAAAGGUUGUUUUAGAGCCUGCAAAAGCGCCGAUGGUCACUAAACCGAAACCUGCACCUCCCCCCAAGAUAAAGCAAAAGUCGCCGCAGUCGAACGCACCCCAAAGCCCUGUAAAAACAUCGGCUCCAAGACCAAGUAAACCCGAGCCACCAAAAUCUGUUUCAAAACCGGCGAAACCGGUUCCACUAAAACCUGUUAACUAUGCUGGAAAAAUUAAAGUAGGCGGAGCUGACGAAAAUGUUAGUAAAGUGGAACUAAAGAAGCUCGAGAUAGAGAGGAAUGACGGUAACGAUUUAAAAACGAGUAUUUCACCUAGUAUGGGAGUGAAAAGUAUGCUAUCGGUAUUUGAAGGCUCUGGACGGGAAAUGCCAAGUUACGCCAAACCCGAUAUGACUCAGAAAAAGCCCAAGUCUUUCUUCAUCAACAAGGGGGAAAGUCCUAGUGCUCCUAGAGUAAAUGACAAUCAAAUCGAAGAAGAAAUCCACUCUAAUGAAUCUCCACCUAUUCCUGAUCGUAAUUAUUCAGAGGAAGACAUAUCGCUAGCUACUAAGUCACCGCCCGUGUCUCCACCUUCACCGGAACGCGACGGUUCCACUCAAUCUUCACCCGAACUUGAUGGUUUUAACUCGUCGAAAUUCGACAUGACUUUAGACGAAAGCACUCCGGAAGUUGUCGAGAAUCCUUACGAAGUCGUUGAACCUCGAACUGUAAAACCUUUGGUCCCAUCUGCUCAGGAGAACCCUUCACCUCCGCCACCGCCGCCCCAUAAUCGCAAAGUAAGCAGGAAAGAUAUGCCCCCAGCACCUUCCAGUCCUUACAAGGACAGGCGCCCAUCGCCACCUUCACGUGAUGCCAGUCUGCCUAAAGUGGAUCCGGAUUAUGCAGAAGUUGGAGAACUUCGUCGCAAUGAAAGUCCAUAUUCCGAAGUUGUGGAUAGGUCUUCGACGCCCGAAGUGGAGGCGUACUUCACUAGGGAUGUCGUUGCUGAGUUCGUGACCAAAAUGAACGAUGCAAAACGUCAGGCUCCUCCCAAACCACUUCCUUACAAAACGAAAGACGUCGUGGCAGUUGAAACAAAGGUCAGGGCACCACCGCCUAGACCUGCUCCCUUCCGACCGAAAAGUAUUCAAGAUAGUUUUCCGAAUAGCAUUGUCACGUCGCAAGAAGAAAGGCUCCAAUCGCCAGAGACUCCGUUUUCCCCCAAGUUCCCUGUCGUUGUGCCUGGUUCGCCCACGCUUUCGUCUGCUAAACUUCUCAAUUCUCCGCCAACAUCAAAUUCUUCGUCACCUCCACUAAACAGGCCGCCGCCACAAUUUAAGCCACCGCCUCCUCCAAGGGUAUCUUCUAUAGCUGGCACUGUUAACGAUGACGUCAUCAAAGCAUCGACUUCAGUGAUUGAAGCUCGCAAUCUGUAUUCUGGCGUGGAAGUAAAUGGUGGGUUUGACAAAAAUGAAAUCCCUACUCGAGAUAUAAACGGUACGUUACCGUCCAAGCCAGCAUUGCCUUCAAAACCUCUUGUCGGCCCCAAACCAUUCCAAGCAAAAGUGGACAUUGGACCGCCAAACUUUAAACCUCCGCCGCCUUUAUUGUCGUCAUCUCUCUUCACUAGAGCUAAUGGAGUCACAUCUGACUCGAUCACGUCCGACCGUGAAACAACUGGAGCUCAGAACGGUACAGAUAGCUUCAACAUAGUGGCUCCUCCCCCGAUGGAUUACUUGUAUGGCAGGUCUGAACGAUCUGCUUCAAGAACAAGCCUGGAUUCCUUGGAUUUGAAAAUCGUCCCUCCGCCACCGAUGCAUUUCAAAGAAUUUGACAAUAACAACGAUACAGAAAGUGUAAACUUAGACUUGAAUCUGCAAGCUUUAUUUCCGCCGUCAGGCUGGGAAGAAACAACGGACAAUAACAACAUAAACGGUUCGUCUAACUCAAGGAAGGCACGCAAAGGGUUCAAGAGAGGUUCUCAGAAAAGCAACGAUUUGGCGGAUUUUGAUCUUGAAAUUGUUCCCCCUCCCCCGCCGACUUUGCCACCUCCAACACUACCCCUCUCAAGUCAGGCUGACUAUGAUUUAGAAUUGAUGCCUUCAACUCUGUCUUACGAACCAGGGGAGUUGAAUAUCGACGAUAUCCUAGGAGACUUUGAACAAAACCUGUCAAUUCAGCCAGACUAUGAAGAUUCUUUACCUCCAUCUCCCCAGUCACCUGUAGAGCGUUACAUGGGAGUGCCCCCUCCCCCAGGGGAUGGACUUAUCAAGCCUCUAGUACCCCCGCUUAGGAAAGAAAGAUAA